AUGCGAAAAUUGGAAUGGGACGACAUGGGAGUGAAGGUUGAUGGUCGGCAGCUACACCAUUUGCGCUUUGCUGAUGACAUCGUACUGAUAACACCUAGCAUCAGCCAAGCGGAACGAAUGCUGACCGAAUUCGACGAAACAUGUGGAUGCAUCGGUCUUCAGUUGAAUCUACAAAAUACGAUGUUCAUGCGGAACGGAUUGGUCUCGGAUGCCCCAUUCACGCUCAACGGAACGAACAUAUCCGAAUGCACCAGCUACGUUUAUCUGGGUCGGGAACUGAACAUGAUGAACGACCUGACUCCCGAGCUGGGCAGGAGGAGACGAGCGGCUUGGGGAGCGUACAAGAGCAUCGAGGAUGUAGUGAAGAAGACCAGGAACACCCGGCUCCGUGCUCACCUCUUCAACACCACCGUACUUCCUGCUUUGACCUAUGCUUCGGAAACUUGGGCAUUUCGCAAGCAGGAAGAAAACGCGGUGAGCGUCAUUGAACGCGCAAUUGAGAGAGUGAUGCUAGUAGAAUCCCGUUUCACGCAAGUGAGGGACCUGAUUCAAAGUUCUCUCCUACGUCAGCGAUCGAAGAUUAGAGACGCCGCCGCGUUUGCCAAGGAAAGUAAAAUAAGGUGGGCCGGACACGUGAUGCGCUUUGAUGACAACUGA